GCAGUGGGACCGCGGAGCUUUCUGGGAAAAGAUGGAUGCUCACGAUCUGUUUCGCCGGCUCGGCGCGGGGGCCAAAUUCGACGUGAGACGCUUCUCGGCGGACGCUGCCCGAUUCAAGAUAGGAAAAAGGAAAUAUGACUUUGGUUCUUCGGAGGUGCUACAGGGACUGGACUUUUUUGGAAACAAGAAGUCUGUCGCAGGUGAGUGUGAAGCAUCAAGAACUCAUCGGGAACUACAAGAUGAAGAGAAAAAUGAAGAGAGCCUAACUGAAAGGAAGAGGGAGCAGAACAAGAAAAAGAGGAAGAAGGUGACUUCAGAAAUUACUUCUCAAGAAGUUUCUACUAUACAGUGGAUAUCAUCUGUGGAAGCAAAGAUUGAAGAUAAAAAAGUUAAAAGAGAAAAUAAACUAACUUCAGGAAAGUUGGAGCAGCUCAGAAAAGAAAAGAUAAACUUCUUCCGGAAUAAACAUAAAAUUCAUGUCCAAGGAACUGAUCUUCCUGACCCAAUUGCUACAUUUCAGCAACUUGACCAGGAAUUUAAAAUCAAUUCUCGACUGCUUCAGAACAUUCUAGAUGCAGGCUUCCAGAUGCCUACGCCAAUCCAAAUGCAAGCCAUUCCAGUUAUACUGCAUGGUCGAGAACUUCUGGCUUCUGCUCCUACUGGAUCUGGAAAGACUUUGGCUUUUAGCAUUCCUAUUUUAAUGCAGCUGAAACAACCCACAAACAAAGGCUUCAGAGCCCUGAUUAUAUCACCAACACGAGAACUUGCCAGCCAGAUUCACCGAGAGUUAGUAAAAAUAUCUGAGGGAACAGGAUUCAGGAUACACAUGAUCCACAAAGCAACAGUUGCAGCCAAGAAAUUUGGACCUAAAUCAUCUAAGAAAUUUGAUAUUCUUGUGACGACUCCAAAUCGACUAAUCUAUUUAUUAAAGCAAGAUCCUCCGGGAAUAGACUUAACAAGUGUUGAAUGGCUGGUAGUAGAUGAAUCAGAUAAACUGUUUGAAGAUGGCAAAACUGGGUUCAGAGACCAGCUGGCUUCCAUUUUCUUGGCCUGCACAUCCCACAAGGUCAGAAGAGCUUUGUUCAGUGCGACUUUUGCCUAUGAUGUUGAGCAGUGGUGCAGACUCAACUUGGAUAAUGUCAUUACUGUUUCCAUUGGAGCAAGGAAUUCUGCAGUAGAGACUGUAGAACAAGAGCUUCUCUUCGUUGGGUCUGAGACUGGAAAACUUCUGGCCAUGAGAGAACUUGUUAAAAAGGGUUUCAAUCCACCUGUUCUUGUUUUUGUUCAGUCCAUUGAAAGGGCUAAAGAACUUUUUCAUGAGCUCAUAUAUGAAGGUAUUAAUGUGGAUGUUAUUCAUGCAGACAGAACUCAGCAACAGAGAGAUAACACAGUCCAUAGCUUCAGAGCAGGAAAAAUCUGGGUUCUUAUUUGUACAGCCUUGCUAGCCAGAGGGAUCGAUUUUAAAGGUGUGAACUUGGUCAUCAACUAUGACUUUCCAACCAGCUCAGUGGAAUAUAUCCACAGGAUAGGUCGAACUGGAAGAGCCGGGCAUAAAGGAAAAGCUGUUACAUUUUUCACUGAAGAUGAUAAACCAUUAUUAAGAAGUGUUGCCAAUGUUAUACAGCAGGCCGGAUGUCCUGUCCCAGAAUACAUAAAAGGUUUCCAAAAGCUACUAAGUAAACAAAAGAAAAAGAUGAUUAAGAAGCCUUUGGAAAGGGAGAGCAUUAGUACAACUCCAAAAUAUUUCUUAGAAAAAGCUAAGGAUAAACGCAGUUCCUGGGUGACAGACCAGUGGAUAGGUAGAGAAGGUUGCCCUGCUUGGUCACCUUAUCUGUCUCAUUAGACUUUUUCUUGUGGUGGUCUGCUGCAGAAUUGUUGCGUACACAUCAGAACCUCAUUCUUUGGGUGAUCUUAAAGCUAGGAUUGGAAAUGCAAUCCUUUCAGGCACUGAGCAGCAGCUGAUAAAAGUUUUUACAAAGGUCGAAAAUUGACUAGAGCAUAAGAUCAUGGCUGUGUUGAACUGUAAUAAUAAAAUCAAUAUCUUAAAUAAUGACACUUUAAUUGCUGAUUUUUGUAAGUUUGUAGCUUUUAUGAUCUGAGGUUAUUAAAACUUAAAGCUGCGCUAAGACUUUGAGGACACCUGGUAUAAACCUUGUCACUAGCCCCCUGCUUAAGAUGCUUUGGUUCUCUCUCUAUUUUCUUCACAUUUAAAGGCCAUACUUCUUAACAUAGCAUACAAACAAGACCUGAUCUGAAUCUAGCUUACCUUUGCACUGUAGAUGUUGCUUUAAUGAUCCUACCCACACCUGUGGCCUCAACUCUAUGCUGAUAAAUCUUAAGUCCAUAUCUUCAAGCCCAGCUUCCCAACUGAGCUAUAAACCUGAAGCCUGUUGCCUAGUGGGUGUCACUUCAGGCACUGCAAACUCAAACUGGUGUAGUAGGGCGUAGGGGAGAUUGGAUUUGGAGCCAGAAUAACUGGCUCUAAUAACACCUUUUCCUGUGUGAUUUUGGACAAGUCACUUCACCUCUCUAAGCCCCUUUCCCCCUAUAUAUAAUGGAAAUAGUUAUAUAAAUAAUACCAACUCUGCCACUCAGAGUUGGUGGAGGAUUAAAUGAACUGAUAUACAUCUAAGAACUUUGCAUUACUAUACUGUAGUAUGUGAAUAUUGAUGAUUUUCUCAAAACUUUUUUUCCUUUUCCUGUGUUAACAGUUAGUUGAUGACAUUCACCAUUCACCAAACUCUAAAAUCAGACUGUCAUGUCUAAAAUUUUUACCAGUGUCAUGUCUAAUAUUUAUUACCAGCGUGUGAUGAUCAGCAAGUUACUUAACCACUCUACCUCAUUUUCCACAUCUGUAAAAUGAGGAUAAUAAUAGAACUUCUUUGUAAGUUAGGAAGACUAUCUGAGUUGAUACAUAUAAAUGACUUAUAAACUAUCUGGCAUUUAAUCAAUGUGAACUCUUCUUAUUAAUUCAGGAUCAGAAUCUGUCUUUUAUACCAUGUUGUAGUUUAGUUUACUGUGGUGUUUCUGUCUCACUUAGGUGGAUGUGGUUUUCUAAAGGGCAAAGACACAUCUUUGUGUUCCUAGUGCCUCGUAUACUUGAUUAUACAGGAGGUUUCAGUAAAUGUUUAUUAAACUGGUAGAGUUUUGGAAAGUACAUAUAUCUAAAAUU